AAAAUAAUUAAAUAAUUUGUAAUUUAAAAAGUAGUCGUAUUAUAAAGAAUAAUUUAUUGUGAUUAUUGUUUGACACGUCUUGAUUGUUCAGAGUUGAAAAACUACUAACCUUAUUAAACUAACAAAAGUGACGUGGCGAUAAAUGAUAGGAGAAAAAUAUUUACCUUAAAAUUAAGAAAAUGGCAAUAAGUAAUAAUAACAAUAAUGAUGAAUCUAUAAAAUUCAUUUGCCCUUCUAUCGAUGAAUUGAAGGUAAUUGUAAAUCAUAUACGCUGUGAAGAAUGUAAUUUAGUAUUUUGCAAUAAACCUCGAUUUCGAAUGCAUGAUUUGAAAGUUCAUAAGCAUCAAAAUCUUGACAAAAGCUUUAAAGGAAAUGUUCGUUAUCAUUGUCCAGUUAACAACUGUAUUUAUGCACCAAAUAAUAAGAAACAUUUUGCUUUGUAUAAAUAUUUAAAACAACACUAUCUAAAAGUUCAUGCUGAAAAAAUAUUUACUUGUACUCAAUGUACAAAGCGUUUUUCAACCAAUUCUGCAAAAAAUGCUCAUAUGAGAGUAUGUGGUACUGUUUUCAAAUGUAUGUGUCAAAAAAGUUUUAACAGUUAUGAAGCUUUACUUACACAUGCCAAAAGAAACUUUCACAAAGUAGAUGAAAAAUACAAAUCUAAACAAAGUAAUAAUAAAAUAAUUAAACAGAUAAAUUUAUCACCUGUAAUGUAUUUCGAAACUUCUAAUAACGAAACGUUAAAAUUUACAAAUAAAAUUGAAGCCAUUAAUAUUUUACCAAAGUCAACGUGCGAUGCGGCCAUACAAACUGUAUCACUAAGUAUUAAAAAAAAAUCAAGUACUUAUAAAAAUAAAGGUCAAAUCUGCAAACAAACCCAAACAAGCGAUAGUUUUAAAGAAAAACAAUUUAAAAAAUCAGCCGCAACGCAAACUACAAAAACAAUUCCACGUGUAAUUAGAGUUCAUCAAAUUGGAAAACAUAAAAAAAUUUCUGUAGAUAAAAAUACCGUUACAAAAGGAGACAUUAGUUUAGUCGAGACUCUUUCAUCCGAAUGCCAAUUACCCAUCAGCCCAUUAUCACUGAGGCAUGACAUAAUAUUACAAGAUCUGUGGGAAGAAAAAAGUUCUUUAGGUACUCAAACAAGUCCAGAAAAAUAUAUUUUCAAUGAUCUCGAUGAUUAUAUCACGCAAAAUGUUGCGUAUCAAGGAAUUUUCAGAUCUGAUCCUAUGCUGACAGAAGACAUAUUUGCCAAUAAAUUUAGUAGUAUAGAAACACAAACGGAAAAAGCAUAUUGCCAAUCAAUUUUUGAAUCUGAUCCACUAAGCUCUAACAACGAGACACAGACGACUGAAAAUUUCACUGAAACAAUGGAACCACUUCACAUUUAUAGCAAUACUUGCACUCAAACUUGUGACGAAAUUUUAUCAUCUGAUUUAGGUUUAUCGGAUAUUCAAACGCAGACAGCCUGGAAUCAUUUGGACGAAUCCACAGUUUCUACUGAAACUCAAACGAGAACUUUAAAGUGCUUAUCUGGUUGCAAUGAUACAAAUUCGUGGUUCACUAUACAAACAAAUCAUAUGGAAACUCAAACAGAUUUACUUCAUAUUUUUGAAGAUUUAGAAUAAGAAAUAAGUUCAAGCUUCUUAGGAACUUGACAGAAAUGUGAACGAAGUAAAUAAAAGAAUAUCUGAAAUCCAAAUGCUGUUCUUACAACGCUGGUCCAGCUGCAUUGUCAUCAUCUACAUCUGGUAAAAAAUCUUUGAUUCAACUAUAGGAGUAAGAAUAUAGACAUUUAAAACAUAUCAGAUUAAAUAAUGCAAUAUAGAAUUAUCUCAAAUUCAGAAGACAGAAAAAUUCCGAAUCAUCAACAAUUAUCCAAAGUUUUAGAUUUAAUAAUAUAAUUAAUGUACAUAA